UCGUGAGGACUCACAUGCCGAUGAAGUCCACCACUGCCUUAAACACCACUUGAUCGCAUUUCACACUCACAAUUGGGGUGCCCCUGACUUUUCAUCCCAAAGCUUCUCAAUUUUCCAUAAUCUCUCUGGACUCUGACCGCUUCUCUGGAUCCCCAUUUUGUUAAGCUCCAAAUAUCUCUUCUUUUUUAGCAACUUUGAGUAAAGGUUCUUGCCAUUGAUACACUUCUUCUUUUGGGCACCUGAACUUUCUGCUCUGUUUCGCCAAUGGCUUCCUCAUGUGUGACCUUGAGAGCCAAUAACCAUUUACCAAAUGCAAGAAAUGGCGAUUUCUUUCGCCAAGAUAAUGGUUUUUUUGGGGAAAAAAUCAAAAGCAUGAAUUGCAUCAGCCCUUCUGUGAAUCAGUCGACUUCAAGUUUGAGACACGAGAGGAGGGUCAAGAAGAUCAGACCCGGCGUUGUUUCUGCUGUUCUUACAUCAAAUGAUACCGAAGAAUCUCUGGUUGAGUACCAGACUUUACAGGUUCCUUCGUUUCUGAGGCGAAAGGCUGACCCCAAAAAUGUAAUUUCCAUCAUAUUGGGUGGAGGACCUGGAAUACAACUCUUUCCCCUCACCAAACGAGCUGCAACACCUGCUGUACCUGUUGGUGGAUGCUACAGACUUAUAGACAUCCCAAUGAGCAACUGUAUUAACAGUGGCAUUAACAAAAUCUUUGUACUCACCCAAUUCAAUUCUGCAUCCCUGAACCGUCAUAUCUCACGCACCUACUUUGGAAACGGUGUCAGCUUUGGGGAUGGAUUUGUGGAGGUUCUAGCAGCCACACAGACACCUGGAGAAGCUGGGAAGAAAUGGUUCCAAGGGACUGCAGAUGCUGUGAGACAAUUUACAUGGGUGUUUGAGGAUGCCAAGAACACAAACGUUGAGAAUGUACUGAUUUUGGCAGGAGAUCAUCUAUAUAGAAUGGAUUACAUGGACCUUGUGCAGAGUCAUGUUGAUAGAAAUGCUGAUAUUACAAUUUCAUGCGUCCCAGCGGGUGAUAGUCGCGCCUCAGAUUAUGGAUUGGUCAAGGUAGAUGGCAGAGGCCGCAUCACCCAAUUUUCAGAGAAACCAAAGGGUGCUGAUCUGAAAGCAAUGCAAGUAGAUACCUCCUUUAUCGGUUUGUCAAACCAAGAUGCAUCAAAGUCACCAUAUAUAGCGUCCAUGGGGGUUUAUGUUUUUAAGACAGAUGUUCUGCUCAAGCUUUUGAAAUGGAGAUAUCCUACAUCCAAUGACUUUGGAUCUGAAAUCAUUCCUGCAGCUGUGAGAGAACAUAAUGUCCAGGCAUAUUUUUUCAGAGACUAUUGGGAAGACAUUGGAACUAUAGAGUCCUUUUACGAUGCUAACCUUGCUCUUACGGAAGAGAAUCCGAAGUUUGAAUUUUAUGAUCCCAAGACACCCAUUUUCACAUCUCCACGUUUCCUGCCACCGACGAAGAUUGAUAAGUGUCAGAUUGUGGACGCAAUUAUCUCUCAUGGAUGUUUCCUUCGAGAAUGUACGGUCCAGCAUUCCAUUGUGGGCGAACGUUCUCGUUUGGAUUAUGGUGUUGAGCUCCUGGACACUGUAAUGAUGGGAGCAGACUAUUACCAAACAGAAGCUGAAAUUGCUUCUCUGCUAGCAGAAAGGAAGGUCCCAAUUGGGAUUGGGAGCAAUACGAAAAUCAGGAACUGUAUAAUUGACAAGAAUGCGAAGAUCGGUAAGGAUGUGGUCAUCAUGAAUAAAGAUGGUGUUCAAGAAGCAGCUAGGCCAGAUGAUGGAUUUUACAUACGAUCAGGGAUCACUGUCAUCUUGGAGAAGGCUACAAUUGAAGAUGGCAGUGUGAUAUGAAUGGUGGUGGCUAUGCUUAGUCUCACCAGCUGAGUUGUGAAGGUUCUGGGAAAAAUGUUGAGGAAACUUCAACUGUGAGGAGACACACAAAGGCUAACAGUUUCCAGUUUCCUGUCUGUCUCUGUGCAAUGAAGGAAGCAGUUGCAGGAGCAGCGGCCAUUUUGGUAGAUGUAAAAUAGAAGCUGCUCUGCUGCAUGUAAAAAGAGUUAAUAAAGUGUGAUGUGAAGAUCCAUGAACGUUAAUAAAAUGAAGCACGUUUUCCUUUCACACAAA